AUGAAACUUUGCCACGUAAGCCAACAAAUUUCGAACACCAAAUCCCUUCCCCGCAAUCACCAACCCCUCGGAAACGUGGUUUACUUUGAAGAUUAUCCUGAUCACUGGUUCUACUCUGAUCUUCAACGUGCUUUUGAGAAGUUUGGAGUUUUUGGUAAGGUGAUUAUCACGAGACGAAGGAACAGAAGCAACAAGAGGUUCGGAUUUUUGCACAUAGAUGGAAAGUCUUCUAUCAUGGAGACUGUUAACAGAUUGAAUACGGUCAAUAUUGGUUCUCAUAAGAUUAGGGCUUUCGUUUCCAAAUUUCCGAAACCCUUUUUCCCUGGAGCUUCUUCUAGGGCUGAUACGAAUAGACAUGUUCAUGUUCCAAAACCUAUCCCGUCUGCUAUAGAUUCCAUCAGAGAUUCACGUUCUUAUGCCAAUGUUGUUUUAAACAAACCUAUUCAUUACAAUACACCAGUUGUAACAGAUGAGGUUUUCAGUUUGAUUGCUUCUGUGAAACGGUUGUCAGAUGUGUUAUCUGUGGAUUCAUUCCUUUUGAGUCAAGGAAUUAAUUUUACCUCAAGUUCUUUGUUGGGAGGUUCGUUUGUUCUUUUGAAUUUUGAAAACCCGGUCCACCUUGACAGCUUUCGUUUAAAAUCAUCGAUUUUAUUCCCAGAAUUCUUUGAUAAAUUGUUGCCCUGGGAUAAAACGUUUGUUGCAAAAGAACGUUUUGCAUGGGUCACUUUUAGGGGUAUUCCUUUACAAGCAUGGAAUGAUGAUUUCUUUAUGAUCAUGGGAAAUCAAUUUGGAAAGGCUGUUUACCCCCUUAAUCUGAAGGAACGAAUGGAUGUCGGAUCAGUCUUGAUUUCAACUUCCUUAUCCUCAAUUGAUUGCACGUUGCUUGUUUUUAUUAAUGGAAAAGAAUUCUUUAUUCAGGCAAAGGAAACAGAUAUGCCCAUGAUUUUCUCGAACAAUCAGAUGGAGUCAUCAUCUGUCCACAACUCUUCAGAAUCUGAGCCAGAUAUUUCAGCAAGUCAUCGCAAAUUGACAGCAGAAUCAGCAGAAAAAUUGACUACUCAACCUCAUCUGAAAUCUGCUCCGUCCAGCCCUGUUUUUAUUUUGCACAAGUCAAAGGAUACCCAGCAAUCUUAUUCCCACAUGGAUAACAUUCAGAAUCAGGUUGAUAUCACAUCUCCUCCACCAGUUUUAGUCGAUAACGCUGUGUUAUCCAAGGAUUUGUUAACUCAUUCUUCAAGUCGGGAUCCAGAAGAAAUAAAUCAUAUUGUUAACACAGGCAGUCUUAUCUCAGCUGAACAGGAUACCAAGACAACAAAUACGAUUUCGGAUGGAGUGAUCAGAGGCUGUAAUCGUUUAAUUAACGGAGCUAAUCUCGCAGAACGAUUUGAUUCAGAAGCUAAAAAGACAUGGGCAGCAGGACUUGAAUUGGGAUUAUUUGAUCCACAGAAUGAGGAGCAAAUCGUAUCCUUAUUUUCUCAAGGCGGUUUAUCUUAUUCUAGGAAGCAGAGAUUUAUUCGUGCAUUAGUUUCUAAGAAUAAUCUGUCGAUCAUGGGAUUAUUAGAAACCAAAAAGGAAUUUUUUGAUGAAUUCAACAUUAGACGUUUAUGGCCUGACAUGGAUUUCGACUUUUGUUAUUCCCCUUCUCGUGGAGCUUCGGGAGGUAUUCUCUGUAUUUGGAAUAAAAAGUUGCUUUCUCCUGCUAAUAUUUUUAUUUCAGAUAGGUGGUUGUAUAUGGAUUUCGCUUGGGGCUCUCUUAAUGUCAGAAUCUUUCUUGUUUAUGCUAGUAAUUGUCCUAGGCAAAGGCUUUUGCUUUGGAAUGAUAUUCUUCCUCAUACUGCUACAGAUAGAUUAUGCAUUAUGGCAGGAGACUUUAAUGAAAUCCUGGACCCUUCAGAAAGGGUUAAUUGCGAGGGAUUUUCGAAUUCUAUGCGAGAAUAUGCUGAUUUUGUAGCUCGAUCCAAUCUCAUAGAGACUGCUCUUCAUGGUCGAUAUUUUACCUGGAAUAACAGUAUCUCGAGAUCCAAGAUUGAUAGGUGUUUUAUAUCUUCGAAUGCUUUUAUCUCUUGGCCUAAUCUUUUUCUGAAAGCUUUGCCGAAAACAUUUUCAGAUCAUGUUCCUCUUCUCUUCAGCUCUGAGGUUGCUAUGGAUUGGGGUCCAAAACCAUUUAAAUCUAUAAAUGCUUGGUGUGAGCAUUCAGAAUUUUAUUCUUUUAUAGAGCUUUCGUGGUGCGACUUGUUUGCUAAUCCUCAGAAUAGUUUGGUGUUUAAACUGAAAGAGCUGCGCAAACGCAUAAGAUCUUGGAAUAAGUCGGUCUUUGGUGACUUAAACCUCAAAAGUUCAAAUAUUCAGCGGGAUAUAGAGGCUCUUGAGAUUACAGCCGAUUCGCGUGUUCUCUUGGAGGAUGAAACAAUCCGGCUUUCUAGCCUUCACGCUGAAUUCAAUUCGGUUUCAUCACAUCUUGAAUCAUUGUGGUUACAAAAAUCAAGAAUGAACUGGAAUUUAUUUGGUGACAGGAAUUCUAAGUAUUUUCAUUCGGCUAUCAAGCAAAAUGUGCAUCUGUUCUACAAAAAGUUGUUCAAGAAGAAGUAUAGUCCUCCGCAUUAUCUUGAUUGUUUGCCUAUCAAGAAGCUCUCCAACGUUCAUUCUUCUUCUCUGACAGCUAUCUUCACAGAGGAGGAGGUCUAUUCUGCGCUUUCUAGUUGUGAUAGCAAUAAGGCCCCGGGACCGGACGGGUUUAAUUUCUUCUUUUAUAAAAAAGCUUGGAAUAUCUUAAUGGAGGACAUAAUAAAAUUUUUUCACAAUUUUCAUCAAAAGGGAGACUUUCCAACUGGAUUGAAUACAGCAUUUAUGGUUCUUUUGCCGAAAUUUGCAGGAGCUUCAGAUGUCUCAGAUUUUCGACCAAUAAGCUUGAUUAAUGGUAUUUUGAAACUGUUAUCAAAGGUCUUGGCUAUAAGACUAGCUCCUGUUCUUCCUAACAUCAUUUCAGAGAACCAAUUCGGAGACGCAGAGAACAAGCAUUCAUGA